UUACAGGUGGUCGAGACAAGUUUAUUGCAGUCGAAUCGUUACUCGCGGGUACCUCGUUUUCCGCCGGUCGAUUUUUCGAGUGUGUGUAGUGUGGAUGUGGAUGUAUAGUGUGUUAGUGGGUAAACCGUCGUAUCUACUUGUCCAAGAAAGUUUUAUCGAAAGGUGACGAAAAUGACGAAAAAGAAACAUGAAUCUGUCUUCACAUUGGACAGUUAUACUUCUACGACAACAUUAGCCACAAAUGACCAAAUCAAAAUUCCGAUUGGGUCCAGCAUAGAAAAAAUAUACAGUCCAUAUGAUAAUAGAAAAUUGGAGCACCCGAAUACAUAUGUUGGUGCGUUUGUGCAUUUAGUAAAAAGUUCGCUGGGUUCUGGAAUUUUGUCAAUGCCAAGGGCUUUUCACAGUGCCGGACUCCUUGUAGGAUUAUUUGGGACGAUUUUAGUUGGACUUCUCUGCACCCACACCGUUAAUUUAUUGGUAAGCGCUUCUCAACGAAUGUGCAUCUUGACGAAAACCCCCAGUCUAGGAUAUGCCGGUACCGCCGAAGCAGUUUUCAAAAAUGGACCGAAAAUAUUCCAGCGGUGGUCAACAUUUGCAAAAAAUUUUGCCGAUAUAGCUCUAGCUUUAACUUACAACGUAGGUUGUUCAGUCUACAUAGUCUUCAUAUCUGAAUCUGUGGUAAAAUUGGUAUCUUUUUACUACGAACCGGCCGCAGAUCCGGCCUGGAGUCAAUACUUCAAACUGAUGAUGCUGCUUCCGUUGAUCCUACUUUGUCAGGUGCGUGAGCUGAAGCAUCUGGUACCGUUUUCCUUCAUCGCAAAUAUCACCAUGGUUGUUGCCUUCGGCAUCACGCUGUAUUACAUGUGCGUGCAGAUCAAAGACGUGAAGGUGGAAGACAGAGAAUUGGUGACCGGCUUCAACGGACUUCCAGUGUUCUUCAGUACUGUGAUAUUCUCCAUGGAAGGUAUCGGAACAAUCAUGCCGGUGGAAAAUUCUAUGGUAACACCUAAUUUUAUCGGCUGUUCUGGUGUCCUUAAUAUGGGUAUGACUGUCAUAGUCACCCUCUUUUCUGCCAUGGGAUUUUUUGGGUAUUACGCCUAUGGAGCUGAAACUAAAGAUACCAUCACGCAGAACCUUCCCUCGGAAGAAAUAAUGGCACAAGUUGUCCAGGCUGCAAUUUCAAUAUCAGUAUUUUUUACUUUCAUGCUGCAGUAUUAUGUUCCUACAGAAAUAACUUGGAGAAAAAUCCGUCCGAAAAUCCCGGAAAAGCACCACAACAUCGCCGAAAUAAUUACGAGGACUUUACUGGUGUGUUUUAUCGUUUCCAUUGCUGCAGCAGCCGGUAGAAACCUGGGUCCCCUUAUUGACAUGGCGGGGGCCAUUUUUCUUGCUACUCUAGGUUUCCUUAUACCGGCGGUGCUUGACAUUGUGAUCAACUGGGGAAACUGGGGAAAGUUCAAUUACAUUCUGGUAAAAGACCUACUGUUGUGCAUAUUUUCUUUGCUGGGAACCGCGGCCGGAACCCACUCGGCGAUCAAGGGAUUCAUGAACAGUUAGUGGGAUAAUUUUGAUUCACAUAACAUGGUUUUUUAACAACC